GUUUAGUGGUUUUUUUGCGUCAUCGUUUUAUGCUGCUUCUUGUGUGCCGUUGCAGAGUGAAGGGUGGAAGGCUAAAGGUUUGUCCCAAGACUCCAGCUUUAAAAUGCGAUACAGCUCACACAGGUGGCAAAGUUUCCAGAGGCAGCAGCAGCGCGGUAGAAUCCCUGACAUGCACACGUCCUCCGCCGAGUCACUGUCACACUAACCAGAGUCGGUGAGAGACAUCCAGCGCAGGCAGCCGGCAGCCUGAGCUGACAGAGGAGCACCGGAGGCCGCUCUGAAUGUGACGGGGAGACCGAAGGCAGGAAGAGAUGCGGAGAGUUCGAAGAAAAGGGGCCAACAAAGAAAAGGUGUUUGGAUGUGAUCUGCUGGAGCAUCUCACCGCCUCCAGUCAGGAGAUUCCCCUGGUGUUACGAUCCUGCAGUGAGUUUGUGGAGCAACAUGGCAUCGUGGACGGCAUCUACCGGCUGUCUGGGGUUUCAUCCAACAUCCAGAAACUAAGGGGUGAGUUCGAGGGCGACGGAGCUCCGGAUCUGAACAAGGAUUUGUACCUGCAGGACAUCCACUGCGUCAGCUCUUUGUGCAAAGCGUAUUUCAGAGAGCUGCCCAACCCUCUGCUCACCUACCAGCUGUAUGACAAGUUUGCUGAGGCGGUGGCCAUCCAGCUGGAGGAGGACAGGCUGGUAAAGAUCAGGGAUGUGCUGAAGGAGCUACCGGAGCCUCAUUACAGGACUCUGGAGUUUCUGAUGCGUCAUCUGGUCAGGAUGGCUUCAUAUUCCUCAGAGACCAACAUGCACGCUCGUAACCUGGCCAUCGUUUGGGCCCCCAACCUGCUCAGGUCCAAGGACAUCGAGGCCUCUGGAUUCAACGGCACGGCGGCCUUCAUGGAGGUUCGGGUCCAGUCCAUCGUGGUGGAGUUCAUCCUCACCCACGUCCCUCAGCUGUUUCCUCUGGAAGGUGGGUCUGCAGAGAGAAGGAAGUCCCUCCCCUCGCCGUCGGCGCUGCCCAGUCAGGAACUUGUGUUCUUCAAGUCUCCGCAUAACUUCGGGAACAUCAGUCCAGGAGACGGACCGCUGGCGAUCAGACCCUACCACGCGAUCAUCGAAGGCACAGACAAGAGGAAAGGAUCGCUCAAAGGCAGGAAGUGGAUGUCCAUUUUUAACAUCGGCGGUCGGUUCCCAGACCCACGACGGAGACACAAGCAGUCCGCCAAGGAAAAAGACAGAACGUCUCUAAGACCUGCGAGAAGCAUGGACUCCCUCAGCACACCGACCUACCCAAACGAAGGUUCCAGGCGUUCAGGGCCGCGUCCUCCCUCCACCAACUUGUCCCCUGUCGUCACGCCCUCCCCUCAGCCGUGCUCAGACACCCCAGUUUCCACCAGUGGAUUAGGUAGCAGUGAAUAUGCCGUGACCUACCGCAGAGGAACGGGCCUGGUGAGCGGCGGGACAGGGACCCAGGGCACCUACACAGCUCUGGACCCAGAAGGCUUAGCGGUACCGGGCGGCGACGGCGUUCAGUCCAGGUCCCCGGGACUCUCCAACAAGGCAAGGAGAGCUGCCAUGCACAUCACCGGCCCCACCAUGGUCACCGUGCCGCUGCACAUCACCUCCAACCUGGCGCUGGGGGUGCUCCAGGGGGGUGGCAGUGACAGGGUCAUCCUCCGCGGACGCGACAAGGACGGAGGGGACAGGCAGGACGGCAAGGAGGCGGUGGCAAAGAUCGAGAUCAAGGAACCAAAAGGGAUGGAGUGGAACGUGGAGGAGAGCAAAGACGGCGAGCGGAAGGACGAGAGUCAAAACGAAAAGGAAGAGUUGAGCACGGGAGGAAGUAAAGAGGAAGCAGGAGACGCUGUGGAGGAGGAGAACGAGGGAGUAGGAGGAAAAGGAGACGAGGAGCUGAGAAAAGAUCGUGGAAGCGAGGAGGAGACGCAGGCGGGAGACCAACGUGUGCCGAGGGAGAAACGAGACGAAAGCCUCGACUCGAGCGCAGGAGAUGAUCAUGAAAUUGUUGCAGAGGAGGACCAUGACAGUGAAUACAUGGAAAUGAAAGGACCAGAGUGGACCCCCUGCCAGGCAGCAGCAUCCCAAGGGCACGAAGAUGAUACCGUGUCUGACUCGGAUCUUUUUCUAAACUCAACGGAAGUCGAGGGAGAGGAGGACGAUCACAAGCUGUCCGGCUACAUCCAGGACAACUUUGAGUUCCUGGACCGGAUAGACUGCAGCGUCAUGGACCACAUGGACUGCAGCGUGUCCUGUCAGGUCAACGAGUUCUCUGUGGAGCCUCCGGGUCACUCCGAUGAUGAGUAUGAGAUCAUGGUGCAAGCCGAAAGACCCACCCAGAGUGUGACCGAGCCCAAUCCACACCGACCGCUCAGCCUAGACGUGAACAGCCGACACACUAAAUCCCUCAGCCUGCCCUACAUGACAUCCCCCAUACAAGGCCCGGAGGAAGACUCCUGCUCCGACGAAGACCUCUCAGAAGACGAUGGAUGUGAUUACAGCAGCGACGACGACGAGAGCAUGUUUGUCAAGAGCCUGCCACCGGACUUCUUUCUGAGCAACCUCUCUGGACUUGAAACCGAAAGCGGAGACUGUCCCAGUCCCGACGGAGAUGUCCUACACGAGUUACAGCGAUCCAAAGAAGGAAUUUACCACCCGGCGGAUGUUGAACUGUCUGUUUGUGAAGAACCAACUGAGCGUGUGCAGGAGAAAGCUGGAAGCGAGGAAGAGAAGGAAGAAACGGAAAAGCUGGAAGAGGAUGAAGUUCAUCACGCAGGAGAUCAGCUCGAAAACGAUACACCGAGAGCAACAGAUGAAUCCCAGAGCGCCACCGAAGACGAUCAAAGCGAAAAACGCCUGAUUUCAGAAGCAUCGGCGAGCUGCUGUGAGGAGCUGGAGCUGCCGAGCAUCGAGGGCGACCAGGAAGCCAACGGUUCGACCGGAGCAACGGUUGUAGAGGAGCCUGGAGAUGCGUCUCUCCUGCCAACGCCACCCCCUGAAAGCUGCGCCGGCGAGGAUGUGACUGAAAGAGAGGAGACGUGUGAAGAGUCUGCUCUGCCGGAGCCUGAACCGGACGGUGGUGGCGGACCAGACGACACAAAGGCCGAGGAGGAAGAGGAAGAGGAGGAGGAGGAGGAGGAGGAUGCAAACAGUAGGACAAAUAGUGACAUUUGGAGUGAGCUUGAGGAUGUCGUUUGUGAAGUGAUCGAGGAUGAGGAGAGCGAGCAGUCUAAGAGGAAUGCCGCUGCAGAGGAAGAUGUACAAAAAGGUGGAGAAGCAGAGGAGCAAGAAGCGACAGAGGAGACAAAGGUUAGAGCGGAGGAAGAGAAUUUAUCGCAGAGGCCAAAUUUAGGAAAGCCGGCAGAUGAAGCAGCGGGGCAUGAGAGAAACGAGCACGAGUUGAACCAAGAAGUUCAGCAUCACGACGGAGAGGAAGUGGUUUCCGAAGAAGCAGAAAAGGAGAAGGAAGACGCAGACGGAGCAGAAAGCAGAACACAACAGAGCGCCGACAAACAGCCUCCGAGCUCGGCUGACGUCAGGGACCCGAAGGACGGAGGCGGGCCUGCGAACGGCGACGGCAGCUCAGGAGGCGUCGGCAGGAAGCUGGUGGUCUCCAAGCAGCCUAAGGUGUACCAGGUCAAAGCCGUGCCGGUGGUGCCGCCGAAGCCCCAGCACUGCAAGAUCACCGCCCUGACCCUCCGUCACCAGCAGCAGCAGAGAGACAGGAGGGACAACACCCUGAAGGUCCACGCCGAGCAGGAGCGAGACGGCGAGACGGGCGACGGCGAGCACGCCGACAGACGGGAGAGGUCGUCCGUGCUCAGGGAGAAGAGGAGGGAAGGGCUCGAAGGCGGCGGGAGGGACGCCAAGAGGAACAGCCCUCUCAGCAUGUGCUUCGACGAGGCCGUGGCCAUCGCCACGCUGCGGCGGGAGAAAGAGCGAGGCCGAGAAGGGGAGGCGGAGCCGGAAGGGCCGGGGAAGUGAAGGAGCGAUGGAGGCGGGCGGAGGAGAGGCUUCGGUUUCAGCACCUGUGUGCGAUGCGGCCCUGUGCCCAGAUUUACUCGUGGGAGUCCUGGCACCGCUGUAGUAAAACUUUAUUGUUUUAUUUUAUGAUCGCUGACAUUUUUUUUUUUUUUUUGUCAUUGCUGUUAAUAUUUAGUUUUAUUUGGUUUUACGGGGCGUCGUAAGCGUAUCGUCCUUUAAGAAGAAAAGGAGAUGCAUACACCUCCCUCUGCAGUUACUGUCCCUCUCCUCUGAGGAACGCGCAAAAAGCCUUAAAAAAAUGCCAAAAGAAGUGUUUUUGUCACAAAAUCAUUGGACUUAUCGCCGUCCGUGUUACACGACCGCCUCUUUGCCAGCUCCUGCAACAUUUCAGGAGUUGAAGCACGCAGAGAGAGAGAGAGAUGUAGGUCUGGGGUGGCCAUUACAGAAGUUUAGUUUUGUGUCUGGUGGACAAUUUCUGUGAUAUAUUUCUGCUGAAGGUGACGGCGCUGACUCACUUUCAGACAUUUUCUAUUUAAAAUGUCUUUUUAAAGAGUUCACUUAUUCCCCAACUCUAACAAGUUUCCCACUGAAAUGGCUCUACAGCAUCACAGAUCCUCCAGCUAACGUCCCGGUGAACACGUGACACCGUUUGCAUUUACUCGUCCUGGAGUGUUUGUCAAUGAAAAGCUCAAUAAUAUCCCAUCUGAUCGAAGCUCAGCGUUUCAGCUUAAACCUACUUUUGAGUUUGGCAAAUGCCGGACAUUUCAGCUGUUUUAAACUAUAUUUUCAACUAUUUCUCGGACUCUAGGAGUAAACUCAAUUAAUAGCUAUUUUCAAAUGUGAAGUCCAACCUCCCUAGCUUGUCAUUCAGCUGAUCCCUAGCUGAAUGACAAUUCUCUCUCGUCUUUCCCGUUUUGAAGAACAGCUAUGAGAAACUGGCCUCCAUCUUACGUCAUAUUUGUACCCCCCCCCCAGAUAUACGUUAGAAAUUAUAGGUUCUCAGAUGCCAGCAACCACUUAGAAACCUAGAGGAUCAAUUAAGACAAUGGUUGUGUAAUUUCUGUUGUGGAAAUUGUGAAGUGAGGCACAGGAUCAUGUGAAAACAAUUAUUUUAAACAUUAGAGUUUUAACCCCCUCCCCAUUGACCAAUAGUGCUAAAAUAAAAAGGUAUAUUUUUCUUCAUUUUCUACUAUGAAAUGUUGGCACCGCAAUGAAAGAUGAAUCUAAUUCUUCACCUGUUUGUUAUUUUUCUUCAGGAUUUUUAUUUUGCUUUUAUCAGGCACAUAUGAAAUAAGAAACAUUUUAAAUAAAAGAGAGUUUGGUUUUGAUGGCCAUGGUAUGAUCUGGCCAGACUGAGUCUGUUAUGAUGACAUUUAGGUGGUUAUUAUAUUCUAACGACAGGAUGGAGAAUCGUAGAUAUAUUAUUCACGGAGCGCCUUAAGGAUUCUGCCUGAAAUUAGUCUAAAUAAACCAUGAAAUGAAAGCAAAACUGGAGGAUGGAACAAAGUAUUUAGUGCUGCUCCAACAUCACACAUCAGACGGAUCAACAAGUUUUAUAAAUACUCUUCAUUUCUCAUGCCCUGUGUGUGACGGUUGUAUAAAAGAAAGCAUUUCACCUUGUUUACCUGCAUUUUCAUUCUCAACAUCUGAAGAUUAGUCUUGAAACUGGCUCCAUAGCACUCAUUGUUUGCACUUGUUGGCUAUGGAAAAGUGUUUUCUAUACAAAGUUCAUGUACAUAAAUAGUUUAUCUCAAAUUGAUUGAUUGACGAGUCUGGUUUGAGGCUAAUGAAUAAAGAAUAUUGUGAAUGGG